AUGAGGAAUAACCAAAAUAAGCUGCGCGUUGAUCUCUAUCAUAAUGUUUGUGACGAUGUGACGCGUGGGGAUACAAAUGCUGAGGCUAUCGGGCAACGUAUAGUUUUACCGGCAACCUUUACGGCUAACCCAAAAUGGCCUGAAAUCGAAGACAUGGUGUCUCUCAUACCAGGACAAAAGUCUCAUGACCGUGCAGAUGUUGUAUCACGCGUUUUUAAGCUAAAGCUGACCUCCUUGAUUGAAGAUAUUAUGAAGAAACAAAUCUUUGGCAGCUGCCAAGCAGCUGUUUAUACAAUUGAGUUUCAAAAACGAGGCCUACCGCAUGCGCACCUUUUGUUGUGGCUUGAACAUUCUGCCGCGUCUCGCACGCCGGCUGGUAUAGAUGAUUUGAUUUCUGCAGAGAUCCCAUUGGAAAUUGACGAUCCAUCCGGCUAUAAGGCUGUAACAGAUUACAUGUUGCACGGCCCAUGUGGGAAUGAUGCGCGCAGUGCUCCGUGUACAACAGAUGGAAAAUGCAUGAAACACUUUCCGAAACCAUUUUACCGAGAAACAACAAUUGACGAAGAUGGUUACCCGGUUUAUCGCCGACGAGAUACCAAGAUCUUCUUUAAGAAGGGCAAAACGAAGCUUGACAACCGGUUUGUCGUCCCAUACAACCGCUACCUCCUCUUAAAGUACGAAUCGCACAUCAAUGUUGAAUGGUGCAACCAGUCCCUAGCGAUAAAAUACCUGUUUAAAUACUUAAACAAGGGGCCAGACAGGGCUACAAUGGUUGUUCAGGAAAACAUUGGCAAUCACGGUGAAAAGCGUACACAACAGAUUGUUAAGGUUGAUCAGAUUAAAAACUAUCUGGAUUACCGGUACUUAUCGCCAUGUGAAGCUGUGUGGAGAAUGCUUGCAUUUCCUAUACAUUACUCAUUCCCAUCCGUCAUGAAACUAACGUUCCAUACACCUAAUCAACAUCUGCUCAUGUUACGUGAUUCAGACAGCUUGCCGGCCCUGUUAAACCGGGACGGGAUACGAGACACAAUGUUCACCCAAUGGUUUGCGCUAAACAACAGAGAUGAAGCGGCAAGAGAGUUAACGUACGCCGAGAUACCAACAAGGUAUGUGUGUCAAGAGGAUAACAAGGUAUGGAAAACGCGGUUGGAGCGGACAGCCAUUGGGCGGAUUGUGUAUUGCAAUCCAGCAGCUGGGCCAAAGUAUUAUCUAAGGAUGUUGUUGGGAAUUGUGAGAGGGCCUCGAAGUUUCGAAGAAAUAAAAACGGUCGACGGAGUCGUAUAUGCAACGUUCAAAGAAGCCUGCUAUGCGUAUGACUUGCUUAAUGAUGACAAGGAGUGGAAUGACGCCCUGUCAGAGGCUAAAUUAUGGGCGUCCGGUUCCCAACUACGGGAAUUGUUUGUUACCAUGUUGUUGUUUUGCGAAGUGAAUCGCCCGGUGCAACUGUGGGCACAAAAUUGGGAGAUACUAUCUGAUGAUAUUUUGUACCUGAAACGGAGGCUCUUCAUGUUCCCAGGGUUACAUUUAUCAGACGACCAGCUUAAGAACUACUGUCUGAUCGAACUAAAUGAACUAUUGGAGAAAAAUGGAAAAUCGUUGUCGGAUUUCACAGAUAUUCCCUAA